UCUUUGCAAACCUCAAUUCCUCAAUCACCUCAGAAAUUUGGUGCAGUUAUUGAUGCAUAAAGUCAAUAGAUGUACACAAUUGUUUUUACUGUACAUGGAACUAAUUUUCAACAUUUCUCAAUGCACUCAGUUGGUACAUUUAGUCUUUGUCAUUUUUUUUUUGCAGAACACUGUAUAGUCAUGGUCAGUGAGAUGCCAGAUCUAGACACCAAGUUGAUCACUUCUGAUGAUGUUUUCAUAUCUUCUGGGUUUUCAAAGCGGAAACAGUAAAAAAUAAAGAUGUUCAAGAAUGAAUUUCAGGGUGGUCCCUUUGUGGAAGUAUUUAGCUCACAAGGUAAAGAACCCUUGUCGAAAUGGAAACUAUCAGGACAGACCUCGAUUCAUAAGUUAUUUGACAAGGACUGCAAGAGCUACAUCCACACCCUGGAGGGAGCAUCAACCACCACCAAGAUUCAGCUCCCUAAAGACACCAAACAAGCUUUGGUGCUUAUUCAGCGGUAUCUGGUGAUCCAGUCCUUCGUUCCUCUUGGUCAAGAUUUCUCCAUGGAAUUAGGGGUCACUGACAUGGGCAACAACAAGAGACGGUUGUUUUUUUCUACUGCUCAGAAGGAGACGUCUGCCACUCCUCUCCAUGCUAAAGUACCUCUCACCAUCAUAAAGAGAGCAAUUUGGCUGAAUCUGACUGUUGACAUGGUGUCCCUAGUAGGUGAGAUGUUCAGAGGUCAAACAUUCAAGUCACUUGACACCAUUAUUAUCUCAGCUUGCUGUAAGCUCAGGAAAAUAUUCACCUUGAAAGACCAACCUCCAGAUACAACUGAUGACGAUGAAUCGUAUGACUGUACACCCUCAACCAACAGUGCAGCAAAUAUAUCAUCUGUACCAAAAGCUUGCCAAUUUACUUCAGAUUUUCCUCAUCACACCCAGGUUCUUUCAAUGUCCAAGUUGAGACAUGCUGAGUUCAAAUUAAGAGGAGAUGGAAGCAGGCCUUCUUCAUCUAGUGAACCUGAUUUGAAUUCCAGUCUGCGUGCCAAAGAUGAUAGACCAAAACACAUAGCAUUUGGGACUAAAGUGUAUGCACCCAAAACAUCAUCUGGAAGAAAGGUAUCAGCAAGAGAAAGAGAGGGGUCGGGUAGCAGUGGAAGUAGAACGAGUCGGUCAUCACAUUCCAGGUCGCAGGCAUCAGAUGAUCCUCCUCCCAGCGCAAGAGGUGUAGCUCCCUCUAUCGGAGGAGGAGAGGUCAACAAACUAGUCGUACAUGGCCACACCCGUCAGCAGUCCGACCCAGGGACAGAGCUUGACAAUCCAGAUAAAGUGGAUAAAGGUACCUUAGCUGGGAGUAACACUUGGUCAGCAUCUGUAAUCAGGGAGGACCCCGCCAGACAUCCUCACCCACCCAGGGAGAAUUCAGGAGGAAAGUCACGCAGAGUUGUCAAGGUCCGCCCUACUAGCGGGAAGAAAAGCGAUGCCUCUGAAUCAAGCGAUGUGGAUCUGACAUCGGCCAGAGGGAAGCAAAAUCUGAACUCAAGGGGUAACACCUCAGGUGCUAGUAAGAGUGACUCAAUGGCUGCAUUGUCCACUGGUAUGCAGAACAUGGCUAUGAGUAGCAAAUUGGCAGGAAGAGGUAGGCCUCGUUUGGAUAGCCUGUCUGAAUCGGACGACCACCAGGAGGCUGUUGGAGAUGGGCGCAACGGAAGAAAUGCCUCUGGGAGGAGUAAGAUCCCUCGCAGGAAGAAGAAGGACAGGAGCAAUGGUAGCAGUAAGAUGAUAGGUGUAUCAGAGAAGGAGGAGAUGAUUGGUAGUGAUAAUUUUGACUCAAGAACUCCUAGAUUGAGAGACGAUAAGGAUGCAAGAGAGGUUUCUUCAGUGCGAUCUGUGGAAGGGAGGGUGAUUAAGAAUGGUGCUGAUGUCAAUGUGAAGUUUGGAGAAUCAGAUUCAGGUGUUGCAUUUUCAGUGGAAACAUCUGAACCAGAAGGCAGUCAUUCCGUAGUGUCUUCAAGCAGAACAAUUAUGUCAGAUACCAAAGAUAAGCCUGCUGCCCUCUAUACAUUCAUGUCGCCUCCGCAUACUGUUCCAGUCCGAGCACCAGAUUAUUCAAGACAGCUGGAUCCAAGUAAACUUCAGAUGAAAAUGCAAGCCAUCGUAGAUAGCUCAACUCCAACUAGCUUUGGUGACAACAAAAACCAGGACAAUUUUGACAGUGUAAAUCAAUCCUCGAGAGAACUCAUAAGUCCAGAGACAGAUUUUCUGAGACACGCCCAGCUGAAUGAUGACUCCGAUCUCGAAGAUGACUGGCCAGGGAACGGGAGAUUAAAGGUUCAAAGAACAAUUGAGCGUUCGCGGUCGCGGUCACCGAAGAAUAGGGCGGGAGAUAAGAAUGGAGAUGAAAACGGUGAUUUGACUCUUGAGGGCAGCAGGCCAAAUCAGCAGCAGCAGCCAGCAAUGAGUCUAUCACCAACGUUACGUCGCAGUAAGCUUGCAGCCUUAGCUCAUAGCCAAGGAGGGGCAUCACAGCAUCCUCCUAGGGCGUCGGUAUCGAGGAUGAGUAUCCGAUCCAAGCAUCUCAAAGAGAUACCAAAGGAUGAUCCAAGGGUGUCUGAGGACUAUGACUGGAGGAAGUACCAAUCCAAUAACAGUUCGCUGGCCUCCUCAAUGGAAGCCAACAUGCUGGCGAGCCUUAAGAGACAGCAGCUUGAGGAGCUCUAUGAAGAUCGUAAUGAGGGAGCAGCGAACAAUAGUUUGAGAUUCACAACUAUGGUGAUGAUGAUCAGAGUAGCUCCAGUGACGAUACCAAUACUACCAUGAGCACCUGGAAACCACCGGAUAACUUGAGGAGAGGCAAAGGUUAUCAAGAAGAAAUGAAUUAUGCUCCAACUGGAAAUCCUCUCAUGCAGUCAAACCCAAGAGACUGGUCCAAUCUGUAUAGCCCACCUAUUGU